CCGUUCUGAGGGAGGGAAAGUGUGAUGUGCUUCUCCAGUAAUUGUUUUUAACUUUGCGGGUGAUACAACAGCUUGCAGUACUUUCGAGCAUACGUUUAACGACAUGACGAUGUGACAUCGAAGAAAAUGGCCAGAAUUUGUGGCACGAGCAAUAGGCUUAUGGCUGAUGGCUGUGAAGACGGCAACUGUGCAUUAAGGAGCUCCUACUCGUAUGGUCUGACCAGUACUAGAUUUCCGGUCCUCUUGAAGCGACAUGCUGCUCCAAAGCCACUGGGUCCUGUCGGAGCGCCUGCGAACAGAUGCCUCUAGUUACAAUUGCUGCAGAUACCAGAGUUCGUGAGAAGAGGCUUCAGAAUGUCCAGAAUUUUUGCUCUCCUCAGUUGGUGUCUUUCUGGCAAUGCAUGAAUGAGACGCUAGAGGAGAUCAGUAGGGGUGAGAGCUGGUCAGGGCGGGCUUGCUGCCCUCUGCCCCAGUCCGAGAAAUGUCAGCACGCAUGCGUUACGGCAGCCACGAGACAGGACUUGGUCCAGAGCUGUCGUCAGAGCGACGAACUGGCGUUCUUUACUUGUCUCGACCGACAAGAGAUCGGUGAAGAAUGCUGUGGGAAUGCAAAAACUGCAGAGUGUCAUCAAGCCUGCAGAGCCAUCUUCAGAUCUCAGCUGACACCAAGUCAAGAGGCUCGUAGUGCUGUCACUGAGUCAUGUAGCGACCAGAGCCCCAAAGUUCUGCAGUGUGUCAAAAACUUCACUCGUGUCACUCCGACCACCAACCCCCACAAGUAUCUGCACUGCUGUGACAAGGCAGGCAAAACACAAUGCAGGGAUUCGUGUCGUCGAAUUUUGCGAAUCAAGACCACUGGGCAGGAAAUCGUGGACAGCUUGCAGGAAGGGGGUUGCGGUCCACCACUGCCUCAUGACAAAUUGUGGCAGUGCUUCCUCCAGAGUUCUGAGUCAGCAUCCGGUCCAGCAACAGUCGAAGUAUCACGAAUAGAUCGCAUGGGCAUGGAUUCUGCAAAACUGCACUGUUGCUCCAAGGCAGAGAGUCCCACCUGCAGGCGACUAUGUCUGAAGACAUUCUCAAAUGAGUGGACUAGAUCAUGGGACGAAUUUGAUCGGGAGUGUCUGUCAAAACUUUCUGAAGAUAGUCUUUUCCACUGCAUCGAUGAAGUUGAGGAGCCCUGUGAGCUUGGCUGUGAAGGUCUGAGUUACUGCACGAAUUUCAACAAUAGACCAACAGAGCUGUUCCGUAGCUGCACUCGGCAGGCUGAUGAUGCUGCUAGGUAUGAUGUGGCACUGUGGCAGCAGCAGGGUUACCUAGGGCUCCCUGGACUGCAGCUGCCUGUACGGAACAUCUCACGAUGUUCCCCCAACAUGUGGAAGGCAGUUGCAUGUGCUCUACAGAUUAAACCUUGCCACAGACAUACUCAUGCCAAUAGAAUCUGCAGAGAGGAUUGCUAUGAGCUGCUGAGCCAAUGUAUGGACUGGUCGCACAUGCCUGCAGGCCAAAAUGCGGCAUCUCUUUGUUCCCGGCUUUCUCCGGAGAAUUCUGACAUGCCUUGCAUCUCACUUCACCCGUUUCUUGAGCCUAGCGACAACCCCUAUAUGCAGCCACAAGAUGAGGUCACCUCACCCUGUAAGGGUGACCCUUGCAAUAACAGUGAGGUGUGCUCUGUUAACAGAAACUGUGCUCCUGGUAGACCUUGUCCACCCUACCAUUGUUCACCAGGGUGCAAACUUGGAGAGGUGUCUCAGUAUCUCGUCCCUCAGGGCUCCUAUGUGCGCAUACCCCUUGCAGCAGGACAGAAGGGCUGCCUCAAAAUAUGCCAGUGUUCAGCACAGGGAGUUGUUGAACAUUGUCAACCCAUGCCAUGUUACCCUCUGGACUCAUGUUGGCUUGGUAAUCGUAAAAUUGAGCACGGUAUGUGGUUUUACAUAGACUGCAACAUAUGCAGCUGUUAUGCUGGCGAGAUCACAUGCAGGAAGAAGCAGUGUGAAGUAACAUCACUGGGGGGCCUUGACCCUGCAUAUACCAGUCUGCCUUGCAACUGCCCACCACAUCAUGUCCCAGUCUGUGGGCGUAAUGGUAAUACCUACCCCAGCUCAUGCCUGGCCAGAUGUGCUGGACUGAAGGAUGCAGAUUUUGAAUUUGGAAGUUGCUCUGAUAAGGAUCCAUGUGACCCUAACCCAUGCAGUGAUGACAAGCAGUGUGUUCCUACUAGGAAAGUGUGCCUUUCCAUGGUGCAUAAGUCCUGUCCACAGUAUCAGUGUGUGGACAUUAAUACACCUUGUACAAACAUGCUUCAUGAUCCAGUAUGUGACACUGAUGGUCAGGAGCACCCCAACAUAUGCUAUUUGAUUCGCUAUCGAAAGACGCUUGCCUAUACAGGACCCUGUCUUGUUAAUUGUGAAGGCAAUGGGCCAGUGUGUGGUAUUGAUGGGGAAACCUACCUCUCUGACUGUGCUGCCUAUGCCAAUCAAGUGAGUGUUGAUUAUUGGGGCCCAUGCAUGGCUGUGGGUUCAAUAGGAGAUCAAGCAAGACCACAGUGUAGUGACAGUGCAGUAAAGUGUCUACCUCUGGCCCGUCCAGGGUGUCUGGGAGUGACCCCACCUGGGGCAUGCUGUCCUGUGUGUGGAGGCUCAUUGCGUUUACUCUACAGCCAGAAGCAAGUGGACCGUGCACUGUAUGCUUUGCGAGGGAAUGCUGUAAGUGCUCUGACUGUAGGAGCAGUGUUGCAAGCUCUCGAGCGCCAAGUGCAGGUUGCAGAGUGUGUGGUUCAUGGUUAUCUGACGGUUGAGAUGGACCUGUUUGUGUUGGUGCAAGCUGUAGGAAGAAAUCCACCUUCAGAACUGCAAAUGGAGGCAUGUGAACGUGAAGCAGAGAAGCUUGCCAACUUAGUGCAGGGAGCAAGUCCACGUAUUCUUAGUGAACUUAGUCUGAGUUCUCUGACAACAGCCACAGUUGUGCACAUUCCAGUACGCAGCUCUGCAGGAAGUGUAUUACCAGUGUACUCUAUCCUUGGUGUGGUUCUAGUCUGCCUCAGAUUUGCCUUCUCAUAGCCACAUCCAAUGUCCAUCACAGCAAAGUGAAAAGAAAGGAAAACAUUCCACCGAUGCUCAAGUGCACAUCUGAGUAACAACUGAGUGCUCAAAUCUUACUCUGAAAUUUCUAGUUAUAUCAGUACUGAAAGCAGCAAUUGUAUUACCAGCAGAUUGUUAGCUGUGGUCAGUGUACCUUAUACAGCAAAACCCUCCAUUAUAAG